AUGUCUCCACUUCUGAGAAGCAUCUUUGAUAUCACUGAAGUUUUCAAUCAAUAUGCCUCACAUGACUGUGAUGGAGCAGCACUAUGCAAGAAAGACCUGAAGAAUCUCCUUGAAAGGGAAUUUGGAGCUGUCCUUCGGAGACCACAUGAUCCUGAAACGGUAGAUCUGAUCCUGGAACUUCUGGAUCGCGACUGUAACGGGCUUGUAGAUUUCAAUGAGUUCCUCCUGUUCAUUUUCAAGGUGGCUCAAGCUUGUUAUUAUGCUCUCGCAGAGGCCUCAGGGUUAGAGGAGAAGGGAGCCAAGAGUGAGGGAAAGAGGAACUCAUUACAAGACCGCAGGCAAGAAGGCCAAAAGAGGUUUGAGCCCCGGGAGAGACAGCUGGAAGAAGAACGCAGGCAGAAGAGGCAGCAACAAGAGAGGGAGUUCGCUGAGGUAGAAAAGGAGAGGGAGAAGCAAGAGAGGCAUGAGCACUGGCUGCAAAGGCGAGAAUGGGAAGCGCGCCUUGAGGAGGAAGAGCCGCUGCACAUGCGUAAGGGGCGGAAGUUUCCUGACGAAGAGAGCAGGCGAGAAAGGCAGGAGCAGCGACAGCGCCAGGAAGAGGAGCAGUUAUUCAGGCGGGAACGGCAGGAGCUGAAAAGGGAACUCCUGGAGAAGGAAGAGCAGCUGCAAAGGCAGAGACAAGGGCGCCAGGAGCGCUUGGAGCAGGAGAGGCGCCAGCAGCAGCUCAGGCGGGAGCAGGAAGAGAGGCGUGAGCAGGAGCCGAUCUUAGAGCAGCUAAAGCGUGAGCAGGAGGAGAGGCUCGAAGAGGAGGAAAGGCGCCAGCAGGAGCUAAGACGCAAGCAAGAGCUGAGGCGCGAGCAGGCGCCACUCGUGGAGCAGCUGAAGCGCGAGCAGGAGGAGAGGCGCCAGCAGGAGCGGAGGCGCGAGCAGGAGCCACUCGUGGAGGAGCUGAGGCGCGAGCAGGAGGGGAGGCGCCAGCAGGAGCGGAGGCGCGAGCAGGAGCCACUCGUGGAGGAACUGAGGCGCGAGCAGGAGGAAAGGCGCCAGCAGGAGCUAAGACGCAAGCAAGAGCUGAGACGCGAGCAGGCGCCACUCGUGGAGGAGCUGAGGCGCGAGCAGGAGGAGAGGCGCCAGCAGGAGCGGAGGCGCGAGCAGGAGCAGCUCUCGAAGCAGCUGAGACGCCAGCAGGAGGAGAGGCGCGAGCAGGAGAGGCGCCAGCAAGAGCGGAGGCGCGAGCAGGAGCCGCUCUUGGAGCAGCUGAGGCGCGAACAGGAGAGGCGCCAGCAAGAGCGGAGGCGCGAGCAGGAGCCGCUCUCGGAGCAGGGGAGGCGUGAGCAGCAGCUGACUGAGGAAGAGGUACAGCUGGAAGAGGCCCGAGAGCAGGGCGAGAGCCGCACCUUAAGGUGGCAGCGGCAGCUGGAAAGCGAGGCCGACGCCCGACAGAGCAGUCUAUUCGAGGCCCCGCAAGCAGGAGCAGCAGAGGCGCCUCCAGGACGCGAGGAGGAUGCCCUGCGGCCGAGCCAGACCCUCCGAGAGGAGCGGGAGAGGCAGCUGCGCCAGGAGGAGGAAGAGCAGCUUCGCGACCUCAAGUGGCAGUGGCAGGCUGAGCAAGAGAGUGAGAGGCGCCGCCAGAGGCUGUCGGCCAGGCCCCCAUUGCGGGAACAGCGGGACCGGCAGCUGAGGGCGGAGCAGCGCCAGGAGCCUGAACAACAACUUCGAGAGGAGCUGCGCAGACAGCGACUCGAGAGGGAGCAGGAGCAGCAGUUCCGCGAGGAGGAACAGCUUCAGGAGGAGUACCUCCAAGAGGAUCAGGAGAGGGAGCGGCGCCAGGAGCUGCGCUGCGACCAAAAAUGGAGAUGGCAACUAGAGGAGGAAAGCCAGAGACGCCGCCACACUCUCUACGCCAAGCCAGCUCAACGCGAACAGCUGCAGCGCGAGGAAGAGCAGCUGCAACGGGAGAAGAGGCUCCAGGAACGGGAGAGACAAUAUCGGGAGGAAGAGCAGCUGCUGCGGAAGGAAGAGCAGCUGCAGCAGGAGGGAGAGCAGCUGCAGCGGGAGAAGAGGCUCCAGGGACGGGAGAGACAAUAUCGGGAGGAAGAGCAGCUUCAGAGAGAGGAACUUGAGGAAGGUAGACGCCAAAAGCAAGAGAGACAGUAUAGGGAGGAAGAGCAUCUGGAGAGAGAAAAGAGGCGCCAGGAGCGGGAAAGACAGAAUGUGGUGGAGGAGGAGCAGCUGCAGCAGGAAGAAAAGCAGCUGCAGAGGGAAAGAAGGCGCCAGCAGCGUGAUAGGCAGUAUCUAGAGGAGGAGGCGCUGCAGCACCGGGACCAGACCCAGCAAUUCCAGGAUGAUAAUCAGCGCCGUGAUCUGAAAUGGCAAUGGCAACCAGAAGAAGAAAAUGAAGUUCGUAAUUACAGGGUUUACUCCAAACGCAGAGAGAAUGAAGAAAAGAUCCGGCAAUUGGAAGAUUCCCAAGUGCGAGAGAGGCAAUUCCAACAGGAUCAAUGGCCGCUGCAGGAUGAACAGGAAGAGAGAGAGCAAGAGAGGAGGGGCUGGCAGCAGCUCGAAAGGCAGUUACCAGCCGAAGAACUGCUGGCGCUUGAGGAGCAAAAGGGAGCCAAAAGGCGAGACAGGAAGUUCCAGGAGGAAAAGCAGCUGCUAAAGGAGGAAAGAGAGGAGAAACGCCUUCAGGAAGACAGAAAGUUCCGUGAGGAGGAACAGCUCCUGCAGGAACGCGAAGAACAGCAGCUGCUUCGCCAAGAAAGUGACAGAAAGCUCCGUGAGGAAGUGCAGCAGCUGCGCCGCCGGGAACGCGAGCAACAGCUUCGCCAGGAGCGCGACAGAAAAUUCCGUGAGGAAGAACAGCUCCUGCAGGAGAGGGAGGAACGGCAGCUGCUUCUCCGAGAAAGUGACAGAAAGCUCCGGGAGGAAGUGCAGCAGCUGCGCCGCCAGGAACGCGAGGAACAGCUUCGCCAGGAGCGCGACAGAAAAUUCCGUGAGGAGGAACAGCUCCUCCAGGAGAGGGAAGAACAGCUGCUUCGCCAGGAACGCGAAAGAAAGGUCCGCGAGGAGGAACAGCUCCUCCAGGAGAGGGAAGAACAGCUGCUUCGCCAGGAACGCGAAAGAAAGGUCCGCGAGGAGGUACAGCAGCUGCGCCGCCAGGAACGCGAGCAACAGCUUCGCCAAGAGCGCGACAGAAAAUUCCGUGAGGAAGAACAGCUCCUGCAGGAGAGGGAGGAACGGCAGCUGCUUCUCCGAGAAAGUGACAGAAAGCUCCGGGAGGAAGUGCAGCAGCUGCGCCGCCAGGAACGCGAGGAACAGCUUCGCCAAGACUGCGACAGAAAAUUCCGUGAGGAAGAACAGCUUCGCCGCCAGGAACGUGACAGAAAAUUCCGAGAAGAGGAACAGCUCCUCCAGGAUCGGGAACAGCUCCUGCAGGAAAGGGAAGAACGGCAGCUGCGUCGCCGAGAGAGCGGCAGGAAGUUCCUCGAGGAGGAACAGCAACUGAGCCGCCAGGAACGCGAGCAACAGCUUCGCCAAGAGCGCGACAGAAAAUUCCGUGAGGAAGAACAGCUUCGCCGCCAGGAACGUGACAGAAAAUUCCGAGAAGAGGAACAGCUCCUCCAGGAUCGGGAACAGCUCCUGCAGGAAAGGGAAGAACGGCAGCUGCGUCGCCGAGAGAGCGGCAGGAAGUUCCUCGAGGAGGAACAGCAACUGAGCCGCCAGGAACGCGAGCAACAGCUUCGCCAAGAGCGCGACAGAAAAUUCCGUGAGGAAGAACAGCUUCGCCGCCAGGAACGUGACAGAAAAUUCCGAGAAGAGGAACAGCUCCUCCAGGAUCGGGAACAGCUCCUGCAGGAAAGGGAAGAACGGCAGCUGCGUCGCCGAGAGAGUGGCAGGAAGUUCCUCGAGGAGGAACAACAACUUAGCCGCCAGGAACGCGAGCAACAGCUUCGCCAAGAGCGCGACAGAAAAUUCCAGGAGGAGGAACAGCUUUUCCAGGAAAGGGAAGAACAGUUGCGCCGCCAGGAACGCAACAGGAAAUUUCGUGAUGAGGAACAGCUCCUCCAGGAACGGGAAGAACAGCAGCUACGCCGCCUAGAAGAGAAACAGCAGCGGCGGGAGGAUCAAGAACUGAGGCGCCUGCAGGAGCUAAACCAGCAGUACCGAGAAGAGGAUCCAUUUGUCCAGGAGGAGAAGAGGCGUCUUCAGGAACAGGAACUGCGGCAAGAAGAGAAGAGGCGCCGCCAAGAGCCGGAAAGGAAAUUCCGGGAAGAAGAGCAGCUCCACCGCCAGCAGGAGGAGGCGCGGAAGCGUGGCCAAGUCUGGGAGGAAAAAGACGAGGGCUGUCAGCAGAUUCUGGAGUCUGGCAAGCGUCAGUUUGCCAGUGUCCCGGUGCGCUCCAGCCCUCUCUAUGAAUACAUCCAAGAGCAGAGAUCCCAAUACCGGCCAUAA